ACCGCCCAACAAUAACAAUCCAGGAGGAGACGGCAAUAACCAACAGCCUGGAAAUGUUCUGGGCAACGUCAACGUUGGAGGAAUUCCAGUUCAAAUAACUUCUCAAAAUGGCGGCUUCGGAGUUGCAAUCGGAAACUGUAACAACAACAAUGGCGGCUGCGAGCAAGGCUGCCGGAUGAUGCGCGGUCGACCCAGGUGCUUCUGCCAGAACGGGUUCCUCCUCCGUCAGGACGGGAGGACCUGUCAGGACUUCGACGAGUGUCAGCAGGGCAACGGAGGCUGCAGUGAGAUCUGCAACAACACUCCGGGGUCCUUCGCUUGCGGCUGUCGCUCGGGGGUGCUCCAGCCUGACCAAAGGACCUGCGGUGGAGGCAUUGGGCCCGUACCAGGAGGAUUUCCAAAUUGCAACAUCAACAACGGUGGAUGUCAACAAUUGUGUCUGCAAAAUGGAAUCACAGUCCAGUGUGCCUGUACCCCUGGAUUUGCCCUGGGCCGGGACGGGAGGAGCUGCCUGCAGGUCGACGUCUGCGUGGACAACAACGGAGGGUGUGAAGAUAUCUGCAGCGUCGACGCCGGCGGGAACAGAGAAUGUUCUUGCUUCCCUGGAAAGAAACUGCGAAGAGAUGGCUUCCGUUGCCGAGACGUGAACGAGUGCAAUCAGAACAAUGGCGGAUGCGAGCAGGUCUGCCAGAACACAGAGGGGUCAUUUGUGUGCCUGUGUAACCAGGGCUUCACUCUCCUGCCAGGCGGAAGGUGCCAAGGAAAUCAAGGACCACAGACGACCCAGGCACCAGUUGUUUUACCGCCUACAUCUGGAGAGUGCGGAAUCAACCCAAAAAAGAACCCCUUCAUGACUCGUAUCGUCGGAGGUCGUCCAGCUGAUCCAAAAGACUGGCCAUGGAUGGCGGCGUUCGUCCAAAGAUCCGGUACAGUCACUUAUUGCGGAGGCACUCUCAUCAGCAAUUUGUUCGUGCUGACUGCAGCUCAUUGCAUGAAACCAUUUUCGCCGAAUGAAAUCUUCGUUCGACUCGGAGAAUAUGACUUCUCCAACACCGGCGACAAUCGCCCCUCAGAUUUCAACGUGGCUGAAGUUCGGAUGCAUGAACGGUACAAUUCGAACACUCAGGAGAACGACAUCGCCCUCGUCAGGCUGGAUCGAGUAGUAGCCUUUAAUGAGUUCAUCAAACCUGUCUGCUUACCUCCAGAGGGAAGAUCGUUCGCUGGACUCAAUGGUUUCGUCACUGGCUGGGGCACUAUCUUCUCCGGAGGUCCUACAAGUAACGUCCUACAGGAAGUUGUGGUUCCCGUAUGGCAACAGGACGAAUGUACUACAGCUUAUCCCAAUAAGAUAUUCCCAGGAAUGAUGUGUGCCGGAGCAAAGGAAGGAGGAAAGGACUCUUGCCAGGGCGAUUCCGGCGGACCCUUCCAUGUUCAGCUCUUCCCUGAUCGUCGUUGGCUCGUCGCAGGCAUUGUGUCCUGGGGCAUAGGAUGCGCGCGUCCCGAAAACCCGGGAGUUUACACCGAAGUGUCCAAGUAUCUUGGCUGGAUUAGAUCUAAUGCAGGGAUUUAGUUCUGGAAAAUAAGAUCGAAUGAUUGAUGUUAUGAACUUAUUUAGGGUAUAUGAAUGUCAUUGUAACUUCAUUCUGAAUCUAUUAACUCUAAUGAAGAGAUGUGGCCAGGGGAAAUCAUAUAUAACAUAUAUA